AUCAAUCAGAUGCUCAGACAACUCGAGGUUGUCUUUGAGACAAGCGCAGUCGGGAGAAAAGUAGCUGGUUUUCUAUACCCAUGCUUUUCAAAGUAUUAAAUGGUAUUUUUUCUAUAUUUUUUUUUAUAAAAAAGUUGUUUUUAAAAAUUAUAUUAAUUAAUUUUUUAAAUUUAAAAUAAUUAAUACUCAAAUAAUCAUGCAUCAAUAGUUUAUCUUGUUUCUUCUUAAUCUUUUUUUUUCUUUUUGCUCCUCUUAAACACACCCGAAGAAUGUCACCUAGAAAAGGAAAAAAGAAAAACAAAGUUAGUAUGAUCUCAGCCGUCGGUGGGCUAAAGAGGCAUCUCCGAAUCUCAACCAUUGGAUCUUCAUCACUCUCAGUUCGGAGUUUCUAACACCUCCCUCGGCCCUCCCACUCCCACAACCUCCGCCGCGGCGGCGCAAGCAGGCGACCUUGCCUCCGCCGGCGUCCGGCGACCUCGCCGCCGCCGCCGCCACCACCGCCUCCUACCUUCUACGCAUGCCAUUACUCCCUCCUGCAAUCGUAGCACCGUGAAGCACCAUCUGCCCUGGAGAUCCGCAGGCUGAGAUGCCAUCCACUGUGUCGCGCCCCAGGUGUUCGACGGAAUGACGCGCCGGGGAGCGGCCUCCCUCGGGAGGACGCUCGCCGGGUUCCUGGCGCAUGAAGAUCCAGCCAAGGUCCUCUCCCUAUUUGCGGACAAGGCCAGGCAGCAUGGGGGUCUUGGCCCCCUCGACUUCGCGUGCGCCCUGCGCGCGUGCAGGGGGAAUGGCAGGCGUUGGCAGGUCGUUCCGGAGAUACACGCGAAGGCUGUCACGCGUGGUCUUGGGAAAUACAGGAUCGUCGGCAACCUUCUGAUUGACCUGUACUCCAAGAACGGGCUUGUUCUGCCUGCGAGGCGGGUGUUUGAGGAGCUUUCUGCCAGGGACAAUGUCUCCUGGGUGGCAAUGCUGUCAGGGUAUGCGCAGAAUGGCCUUGGGGAGGAAGCUCUCGGGCUGUAUCGCCAGAUGCAUCGAGCUGGGGUUGUUCCUACACCUUAUGUUCUGUCUAGCGUCCUGAGUUCGUGCACUAAAGCGGAGCUCUUUGCGCAAGGACGGUUGAUUCAUGCCCAAGGUUACAAGCACGGAUUCUGCUCUGAAAUCUUUGUGGGGAAUGCUGUUAUCACGCUGUACUUGCGGUGCGGAUCAUUCAGAUUGGCAGAGAGAGUAUUUUGCGACAUGCCACACCGUGACACAGUAACAUUCAAUACGUUGAUCUCAGGACAUGCUCAGUGUGGACAUGGGGAGCAUGCUUUAGAGAUAUUUGAGGAGAUGCAGUUCUCAGGGUUAAGCCCUGAUUGUGUGACCAUUUCUAGUCUGCUUGCAGCUUGUGCGUCGCUUGGUGAUCUUCAAAAGGGGACGCAACUCCAUUCCUAUCUGUUUAAAGCAGGCAUCUCUUCGGAUUACAUAAUGGAAGGUUCACUCCUUGACCUCUAUGUGAAAUGUGGUGAUGUUGAAACUGCCCUUGUGAUCUUCAAUUCGAGUGAUAGGACUAACGUAGUACUCUGGAACCUGAUGCUUGUGGCAUUUGGGCAGAUCAAUGAUCUAGCAAAGUCUUUUGAGCUAUUCUGUCAAAUGCAGGCUGCAGGUAUACGCCCUAACCAAUUCACGUACCCAUGCAUUUUAAGGACUUGCACUUGCACUAGAGAAAUUGACCUUGGAGAGCAGAUCCAUUCAUUAAGUGUAAAAACUGGCUUCGAGUCUGAUAUGUAUGUUAGUGGUGUAUUGAUAGAUAUGUAUUCCAAAUAUGGGUGGCUUGAAAAGGCAAGACGUGUUCUUGAAAUGCUUAAAGAGAAAGACGUGGUUUCCUGGACUUCCAUGAUUGCUGGAUAUGUGCAACAUGAGUGUUGUAAGGACGCUCUUGCAGCUUUUAAAGAGAUGCAGAAAUGUGGAAUUUGGCCAGAUAACAUAGGACUAGCAAGUGCUAUAAGUGGCUGCGCUGGAAUCAAUGCAAUGAGGCAAGGCUUGCAGAUUCAUGCUCGGAUUUAUGUGUCUGGUUAUUCAGGAGAUGUUUCAAUUUGGAAUGCAUUGGUAAACCUUUAUGCACGAUGCGGAAGAAUCAGAGAAGCUUUCUCUUCAUUCGAGGAAAUUGAACAUAAAGAUGAGAUAACAUGGAACGGCCUGGUAUCUGGUUUUGCACAAAGUGGCCUACAUGAAGAAGCUCUCAAGGUAUUUAUGCGUAUGGAUCAAUCAGGUGUCAAGCAUAAUGUGUUCACAUUUGUAUCAGCUCUUAGUGCUUCAGCUAACCUUGCAGAAAUAAAACAAGGAAAACAAAUACAUGCCAGAGUUAUUAAAACAGGUCAUUCCUUCGAAACUGAAGUUGGAAAUGCUCUGAUUUCCUUGUACGGGAAGUGUGGUAGCUUUGAGGAUGCCAAGAUGGAAUUUUCUGAAAUGUCUGAGAGAAAUGAGGUGUCAUGGAAUACUAUUAUCACAAGCUGUUCACAGCAUGGACGUGGCUUGGAGGCUUUGGAUUUAUUUGAUCAAAUGAAGAAAGAAGGUAUUAAACCAAAUGAUGUUACAUUCAUAGGUGUUUUAGCUGCUUGCAGUCAUGUGGGAUUGGUGGAGGAAGGCCUUAGUUACUUCAAAUCAAUGUCUGAUGAGUAUGGAAUUCGUCCAAGGCCUGAUCAUUAUGCUUGUGUUAUCGAUAUCUUUGGACGAGCUGGGCAACUUGACCGUGCAAAGAAAUUUAUUGAGGAAAUGCCAAUUGCUGCUGAUGCUAUGGUUUGGAGAACCCUUCUCAGCGCCUGUAAAGUACACAAGAACAUAGAAGUUGGAGAGUUUGCAGCCAAACAUCUAUUGGAAUUGGAGCCUCAUGAUUCUGCAUCAUAUGUUCUUCUCUCAAAUGCAUAUGCUGUUACCGAGAAGUGGGCCAAUAGGGAUCAGGUCAGAAAGAUGAUGAGAGACAGAGGAGUCAGAAAGGAACCAGGCCGGAGCUGGAUUGAAGUAAAGAAUGUGGUUCAUGCAUUCUUUGUUGGUGACAGAUUACACCCCUUGGCUGAGCAGAUAUACAAUUUUUUGGCUGUUAUAAAUGAUAGGGUAGCCAAAGUAGGAUACAAGCAAGAGAAAUAUCAUCUCUUCCAUGAUAAAGAGCAAGAAGGGAGAGAUCCUACUGAUCUUGUGCACAGCGAGAAGUUAGCUGUGACUUUUGGGUUGAUGAGUUUGCCUCCCUGUAUGCCCCUUCGAGUCAUUAAAAAUCUUCGUGUAUGUAACGAUUGCCACACUUGGAUGAAAUUUACUUCCGACGUCAUGGGAAGACAAAUUGUAUUACGAGAUGUCUACAGAUUUCACCAUUUUAACAAUGGAAGCUGUUCAUGCGGAGACUUCUGGUGAAGUGCUUUGAAGUGAAAACCUACAAUUACCAGCCCCAAGUAACCCAUUUAUACUCAUUACGGUGCCACUUCAAGCAGUUUAUGUGGGACAUACACCUCUUUCUUUCUAGUGCUACAUGCACACAUCUAAAACUGGAAUUCAGCAUGAUCAGACAGACAGGCAAUAUAAUGUACAGUUAUUCUCCCCUGAGAAACGAUCUUUGGAUUAAGAAUUCCUGUUCUGCUAUUUUUCUUUUAUCAUGUUGGUAUUGUCAUCUUAAGUAUUUUUAUCUGAAUGUGUGGAGAAAUAUACUUCAUUGUAUGCCAACUUUCUUCAUCAGAAGAGAACAAAUGGUCAAGUAGGGUCUAUUAUCAGUCACUGGUAGGCCUAAAAAAAUCAAUCAAGAGUUCGGUCAGACACUCAGACUCCGUUGAUACAAUUACAUGUUCAUGUAAAAUCCUAAUUGCUGAGAUUACCCAACUCUGACGAUGGAUUUCCCCUAAUCUCAACAUUGCUUUGGGAUUCAAUAAUUGAGACAGAUUGAGAAAACUGAAAGAAAGGAGCGAGCAGGAGGGAUGAAAGGAAAACAAUUGGAAACCCCAAUUAGUCAUCUGAAAUCUGGAGCACGUAGAAACAUUCUCAAGCCUGCUUCUGCUGCUGCAGCUGUGAUGGAGCUGACAUGCCCAAACCAAAAAAUGGCUUAUCAGCAGGGUAUUCGAUGCCUCCUUGAAAGAGAAGCUGGUGCAUAUUUUGUGUGCUUUCAGAGGAAUAGUCGGGAGUGUAAGCGUAAUCGCCGAGGAGUUUUAUGUGGAUUUUCUGAUGGACGGCUUCACGAUGCGCGCGGCAGUUAUACAUUUUCAUGUCGUAGAGCUGCUUGUGGGGUUCGGAUCGGAGUUCAGGGGCUGGUGUUCGGCAUCGUAUUGUGCAUGCCCACUAGCAGCUUUCUACAUGUCCGGGCUGCCUGUACAUCGUCGGCAGCGGUGGUCGGUGGAGAUGAUCCGAGCAAAGCAAACCUGAAGCCUCUGCGCUGGACGUCCUCUACUCCCUAGCUCUGGCCCAGGAUGUCGGCUGCCACGCGAUCCGCUGCUGGGCUACCUGGAGGAAGGAAACCAGGGUAAGACGUGAGAAGGAAGGAACCUGAUCGUCGAGCUGAUGGAGUCGUCUAAGCCACUGGACAGGUACGUGUCCGGGGUAAAGGUUUAUGGACGAGCUCAUCCAUGAGGUUGGACUGCGGGAACAUCAUAGGUUGAUGAAACAAACAGCUGCUGACUGGUGGCGACAUCAUCCACAAACUUGUGCAGACGCUGAGCCCCAGAUCAAGCCCGUAUGACAGGGAGAUCCAUCUGGAGGAGCUGCCACCACGAGGGCUGCAGUGCAUAGCUUCCCUUCUUGUCACCUUCCAGGAGUACUCUGGGAUGGAGACCUACGAGCGAGACUGGCGACCAGGGUUAAACUUUCGGUUUAGCCGAUUUGAUCGUACGUCACCGAAAUACUAAAAUUUUGAACAAAAUUUAGUUGAGUUUGAACAAAUAUUACCAAAGUUCACGAAAAAUUUAAAAAACUGAAAAAUUGCGGCUGAAAUAAUAUCGUAUGAGGGGUCCGAAAUUUCCAACCCUGCUGGCGACUCGAUCGCCAUGGCACACUCGAGGUUGGCCAGGUUGAUGAUGCGUAAGCAGAGAAAAUUAUAGAUAUUCAUGUGGAUACGUCUUCCUUUUUGGCUUGCGGAAGCAGAGAAAAUUUCAUGAGGGGCCGAACAAAUUUGGUCUGGCACCUGUUGAUCAUCUUUGGUGACUUAGGUUCUGAUGGAAACGACAGCUCCAUCAGAGAGUUGACAGGGCAAAUGCUGCAGGAUAUGGUAUAAUAUCUUCCAGGAGGGAAAUCUAUGCCAUGAUUAUCUUGGAUCUAGAUCAGAAGUAUUCUUACCGCUCCAUACUCGUUUAUGUGCUUCUUCUUUAUGACAAAACCAACGAUGAUCAACUUCUCAAGCAUCUGAAGCGAGAAAUUAUCCACGGCAUGCAACAGGUGCUCGAAGAAACACUUCCUACAAGGAAAGAAAUAUAAGCAGCAGCAACAGAAGCGAGUAACACCAAGAUUUCGUCACCAGAUACUGACGUAGAAGCACAACAAUCCGGCCGGCCUCAAUUCACAAGGCACUGAGCAGCAGAAUAACAACUCUGCUUCUUCUAGGUCAGCGAGGCUAUGACGAAGCUGCAGGAAGCCUUGGUAUCUCUCUGUGAGACAGCACGCGACACUUGGAUCAGUGCAGUCGUGCAGAGAUCCAGAAAUGGGUCGUGAGAUGGAUGAGGUUGCUGCUAUGUUUUGUUCAAAGCAAGGGAAACCUGUCGGGAAUUAUGCUUCGCUGGUGAAGGAAGCACGGGAGCGUCUGGUGGUGAAGAAGAAAGAACAAGAAUCGGCUACCAACGUAUCCGCUACCUCUUCUUCGAUGGCUACCUGAAUGGGCAAUGUUGUGAAUAUAAUCUCAUGUAUAUUCUUGAGCACUUUAUUUAGGCUGUGUUUAGUUCGUGUGCCAAAUCUUUUUUAAGUAUACAGAAACAUAUUUAAAGUAUUAAAUGUAGACUAAUAACAAAACAAAUUAUAAAUUCCGCAUAUA